GACGGUGCCUAGUUUCUCUGGACAGAGCCCAGAAAAACUAGGCAAGAAUUGGAUGGAGUAUCAAGGAAUAAAGAAUUGGGAAGGUUUGCUUGAUCCACUAGAUGAUAAUUUACGUGGAGAAAUAAUUCGAUAUGGACAUUUUGUUGAAGCUGCGUAUAGAGCAUGCAAUUUUGAUCCUUCUUCUCCUUCAUACGCAAUGUGCAAAUACUCAAGAAAAAAAUUGUUUCAUCUUUCGGGCUUUUCAGGUACUGGUUAUCGUGUUUCCAAGUACUUGAAAGCUACUAGUGGGAUUAAGCUUCCAAAUUGGGUUGAUAAAGCGCCUAAAUGGAUGUCAAAGCAAUCCAGUUGGAUUGGUUAUGUCGCGAUUUGUCAUGACCAAAGAGAAAUAGCAAGACUAGGGAGAAGAGACGUUGUCAUUGCCUUACGAGGCACAGCAACUUGUUUAGAGUGGCUCGAGAAUCUACGAGCCACUCUCACUCCUCUCCCUAACAUUAAACAUACUUGUUCUACCAUAUGUUGUCCAAUGGUCGAAAGUGGUUUCCUAAGCUUAUAUACAUCCAAAAUAGAUGCACAACAGAGUCUACAAGACAUGGUUAGAGAAGAAAUAGCCCGAAUUAAAAAAAUAUACGAUGGUGAAACUUUAAGCUUCACCAUCGCAGGCCACUCCCUUGGGGCCGCGUUAGCCACUCUAACAGCCUACGAUAUUAAACAAUUUUUCAGAGAUAUACCACUUGUAACAGUCAUGUCGUUUGGUGGUCCAAGAGUCGGAAACCAUAGUUUCCGAUACCAUCUUGAUAAACAAGGUACCAAAAUCUUGCGUAUCGUCAACUCAGACGAUCUUAUAACUAAAAUUCCUGGAUUCGUCAUUGACAACAAUGAUAAUAAAUUUGCGGAAAAAAGUGGUCAUUGGAUCCAAAAGCUUGUGGAAGAUAGUCAAUGGGUAUAUGCAGAUGUUGGAUGUGAACUACGAUUAAGUAGUAGUGAUUCACCAUACUUUAAUGGGAUUAAUAUUGCAACUUGUCAUGAAUUAAAUACUUAUCUUCAUUUGGUUAAUAGUUUUGUUAGCUCAAACUGUCCUGUUAGAGCUACUGCAAAAAAAAUUAUGCACAAAAGUAACAAUAAUGUGAAAUGUACGUAA